UGGGAUCAAGUUGGGCUGAGCGGUCGCGGUCUUCGUGGAAGGGAGAAAGACCCCCUAAAAGUCGUCAUUUCUGGGCCGAGGUAGGAGAGGAGACCAGGAAAGGGUCGAAAAGAGGUACAGCCGCCAUGUGGAUCCAGGUGCGCACCAUGGAUGGGAAGGAGACCCAUCGGGUGGACUCCCUCUCCAAGCUCACCAAGGUGGAGGAUCUGCGCCAGAAGAUCUUUGAAACCUUUAACGUGGCCCCAGAUCGGCAAAGGCUCUUCUACAGGGGCAAACAGAUGGAAGACGGUCAUUCCCUUUUUGACUACAGUGUUGGCCUGAACGAUAUUGUGCAGCUACUGGUGCGGCAGAGCCCUGCCCUCCAGCCGGCAGCCGGCAAAGAGAAGGACUCUGAACUAUCCGACACCGACUCCGGCUGUGGCCCCAGCGAAUCAGACAAAAGCUCUAAUAAUGGGGAAGGCUCUGUAGAGAUGGAAGGGCAUCCCAGCGUGGCUGCUCCCCACGACUUGGUGGACCCAGGCUUUGGGUUCUACAAGAUCAAUGAGUUGGUGGAUGCACGUGACACCAGCAUGGGUGCCUGGUUCGAAGCCAUUGUGGUCAACGUGACCCAUAAAGGCGAGGCAGCCAGCAAGGCACCCGAAAGCGAUGAGGAAACGGACCUGCCGGAAGUGAUCCCUGACGAGGACAUCAUCUAUCAUGUGAAAUACGAAGAUUAUCCGGAGAACGGGGUCAUCCAGCUGAGCUCCAAGAAUGUUCGCGCUCGUGCUCGGUCGACUCUGAAGUGGGAGGAACUGGGCGCCGGGGAUGUGGUGAUGCUGAAUUACAACCCGGACGAUCCCAAGGAGCGGGGCUUUUGGUACGACGCGGAGAUCCUCCAGAAGCGAGAGAGCCGGACGUACAAGGAGCUGUAUGCCAAGAUCGUCCUCGGGGAUGGCGGGGAUGUCCUGAAUGACUGCCGGAUCACUCUGGUGGACGAGAUCUACAAAAUCGAAGAGCCCGGGCGUGCAGUUCCCCUCACCAUUGCAAGCCCAAUGAAAAGACAGAGUGGGCCCGUUUGUAAGCACUGCAAGGACAACCCUAGCAAGACGUGCCGGAUGUGUGCCUGCUACAUCUGUGGUGGGAAACAGGACCCUGAGAAGCAACUCAUGUGCGAUGAGUGUGACAUGGCCUUCCACAUCUACUGCCUCAACCCCCCUCUCAGCCGAAUACCUGACGAUGAGGAUUGGUAUUGCCCAGAAUGCCGCAAUGAUGCGAGCGAAGUGGUUCUGGCCGGCGAGAAGCUGAAAGAAAGCAAAAAGAAAGCCAAGAUGGCUUCUGCGAAUUCAUCUUCCCAGCGGGACUGGGGAAAGGGCAUGGCGUGUGUUGGCCGCACCAGGGAAUGCACCAUUGUCCCCUCAAACCAUUAUGGGCCGAUUCCCGGGGUUCCUGUUGGCACCAUGUGGAAGUUCAGAGUCCAGGUGAGCGAGUCAGGGGUCCACAGACCCCAUGUUGCCGGCAUCCACGGCAGGAGCAACGACGGAGCCUAUUCUUUGGUCCUCGCAGGAGGCUACGAAGAUGACGUGGACCAUGGGAAUUCCUUUACUUACACGGGAAGUGGCGGCCGGGAUCUCUCUGGAAACAAGCGCACGGCAGAGCAGUCAUGCGAUCAGAAAUUGACCAACAUGAACAGGGCUCUGGCACUGAACUGCAGUGCUCCCAUCAACGACAAGGAGGGCUCCGAGGCGAAGGACUGGAGGGCCGGGAAGCCCGUCCGGGUCGUGCGGAAUGCGAAAGGAGGCAGGCACAGCAAGUAUGCCCCCAAGGAAGGGAACCGUUACGACGGCAUCUAUAAGGUGGUGAAAUACUGGCCCGAAACAGGGAAAUCUGGCUUCUUGGUGUGGCGCUAUUUGCUCCGGAGGGAUGAUGAGGAGCCGGCCCCUUGGACUCGGGAAGGGAAGGAGCGGAUGAAGAAACUGGAGCUGACCCUUCAGUAUCCCGAAGGCUAUCUGGAAGCUGUUGCGAGCAAAGAGCAAGAGAAUAGCAAGACUCCCGAAGAGGUCGAGACCCCGGGGAAAGGGAAGCGGAAAAGGAAAUCGGGGAAUGAGUCGGACCCCGCUCUUUCUCCUGCUGUGACCCCAAAGAAGAGCAAAGGGGAGACCUACAAGCUCACUCCCCAGCAGAAAGCGCUUAUCCAAGAGGAUGAAGCCAAUGCAAAGCUGUGGAACGAAGCCCUCGAAGCCCUUAAAGAUGGACCGAAGUUCCUGAACAAAGUGGAGGAAACCUUUCUUUGCAUCUGUUGCCAGGAGGUGGUCUUCCAGCCCAUCACCACCGUCUGCCAGCACAACGUGUGUAAGGACUGUCUGGACCGGUCUUUCCGAGCUGAAGUGUAUAGCUGCCCGGCCUGCCGUUAUGAUUUGGGGAAAAACUACCCAAUGCAAGUGAAUGAGCCCUUACAGAGCCUUCUCAGCCAGCUCUUCCCAGGCUACGGCAAUGGACGGUGAUUCCAGAAAGCACUUCUGAUCUCCCUCCCUUUUCCCGUUGUUGCCCUUCCCUUUACAACCUUUUUUACGGGGCUGUGAUGGGGCUUUUUAUUUAAAUACAAGAUAGACUUUCUAAAGCUUACAAGUCCCCUUUUUGCCCCCUCUUUACUCAAAACGUAUUCAUGAGGGUAGUGCUUGAUAAAGAUUGCAGAUUGACCUUUUGUUGUUGAAAUUAUAAAUUGGGGAAGCAUUUCCGUUCCUUUAAAACAAAAAAAAGAGUUAAAAAUAUAUAAACCUGGCAUGUUUGCUAGAACAAUCUCCGCUAAGUGAUGGAUUUGGGCCAUAUGUUUGAUGUAUUUUCGAUGGCAGUCAUUAUUAUUAUUAUUAUUGGUUAUUACUAUGUUGAAAUGAGAUCUUUAGCUUAGGAUCAUUGUAGACUUCUCUUUUUUGCUCAUUCUUGAGGAUUGCUGGCCUUUGCAUCAAAGUUACUACCUCAAGAUUAUCAGUUCAAGAGUUGCUAUAUGGGGGAAAAUAUUGAAAAGCCAUUUGAAAGUGCCUUUUUGGGGGGGGUUGACACCCCUUAAAAAGCACUAAAUUUAGUCUUUUAGGAGGAGGAGAUUAUAAAUUGUAAUGCUGCCAUUCCGUAUCAGUAGCUUUAGAUUUCCAUCUAGCUGUGUCCCGUCCCCUGCUCAUUCUCAAUCUGCUUACUUAGAAAUCAAAUCUUAAAGCCUGUAACCUUUUCAAUGGAAAAAGGCUUGAUGGUUUUAUAUAAAUAUAUCUAUCCCGCAGUUGGUGUUUUUUGUCUUGUUUUCUGUUUUGCCUCAACAAGAACCAAACCUCUACAGCCGGUACCUCACUAAGAGUAAUCAGGGUCAAAAGGAAAUCACUGCUCAUCUCCAACAGACUGGAACAAGUGUGUGUGUGUUUGUUUUUUAAUGACUUGAUAAAUAUAUAUCGUUUGGGGGAACGGAAACAUUUUUCAAUAUGGUUUUGUACAAACAAGUUCUCAAAAUAAAGUACUUUUUCAUAUUCGAA